AUGGCUGCUGGUUCUGGUUUGAAUUGCUUUUCCAAUGGCACCACCAACAUAUCCCUAGAGGGAGAUGCAUAUAUUGAUGGCAAAUUCAUCAAACUCACCAAAAAACCCGAAGAGCUUAAAGUGGCUGAGAACAUCGGUCGAGCAACCUACCACAAACCGUUCCUUCUCCAGGAAAAAGCCACCGGAAAACUGGCCGAUUUCACCACACAUUUUACUUUCAUCAUUGAUUCCGGCCACGGUGACGGGUUGGUGUUCUUCCUAGCCCCAAAUGGAUCCUUAGUCAACAUUGCAAUAGGGGGUGGUGGCAAACUUGGCCUCCCCGUUGAAGACUUGCCAGGAGGCAUGUCUAGAACUCAGUAUCCAUUUGUGGCAGUGGAGUUUGAUAUCUUCCAGAAUACACAGCCAAGCAUCCAGGAUCCCCCGAACGAUCAUGUAGCAAUCGACAUCAACUCUCUCAAGUCUAAUAUUACCACGACUUGGAAUGGUGGUAUUGACAAAGCAAAACUAAACAGCGCUUGGAUUAGUUAUAACUCUAGCUCAAAAAAUCUCAGUGUUGCCUUUACCAGUUUUCUAAAUGGUACAAAUGGCACCCAAGUGGAGAUAAUCAGAUAUCUUUCUUACAUGGUUGAUCUGAAACAAUACUUGCCGGAUUGGGUCAUUGUUGGAUUCUCUGCUGCGACGGGUAAUGACAUUGCCGUGCAUAGGAUCGUCUCAUGGAAUUUCACAUCAACAGCUCUGGUUGAUGAGACUACAAUGAACAACACACAAGUAUUUCCUCCGCCAAGUCCCAGUGCUAAUCCCAAGUCAGGAACUUCCAGCAUACGACUCCCCAUUGGGUUGGGUGUUGGUGGAUGUAUUAUCUUGGCUGGUGGAUUGGCUUUGGUUUGGUUCAUGUUCAUCUUUCGGAAGAGAAAAGCAGUGGGGGAAAGUGGUGAGAAUCCUGUUGUCAACUGUUUAAUUGACGAUGAAUUUGAAAAGGGAACUGGCCCGAGGAAGUUUUCGUACAGGCUUGACGCAGCACAAGCAAAUAAGGUUUCAAACGAAAACCUUGAGUAA